AUGAGCCCCGUGUUGCGUUCCGUCGUCGUUGUUGCCGUGCUGCUCGGUGCAGUCACACUUGCCAGUGCUGCUACCGAGGACUAUCCUACGCAGAGCUUGCGAGCGAUCGCCCGUGUGUACGAUGAGUGCGCUAAGGCUGAGACCGGCUUUAGUCCGUGUCUGAAGAAGCGCGCCAUCACCUUCAUCGAUCGAUUGGCACGUGUUGAUGCCCUCGCUCUGGGUGAUCUGAAGAUCGUACGCAACGAGCGAUCGUCUGCUGAACCCACGAAGCCCUUGACCGAGGCUGAACUCGAGCAAAGCCUGCCACGUGGUCUGGAAGCCCGCGAUGAAGCCCUCACUAACAUGCUGCUCGAGAAGAUCGCUGGAGUUUUCAGCAGCCGCACUGUACAAGUCACUCUCCCGAAGCUGUCCAGCGAAGAACUCGGUCGUGGCUUGGAAGAAGGCCGCGGCAAAAUGAAGAAAAUGAUGAGCAUGAUGAUCAUGGGUUUCAUGAUGAAGAUGGCUGCCAUGGUGCCGGUUGCGAUCGCGGGUCUGUAUCUGCUCGCUGGUAAGGCGUUGAUCGUGUCAAAGAUCGCACUUCUGCUGGCCGGAAUCAUCGGGCUAAAGAAGCUGGUUGCGAGCAAACAGCAACACGGAAGCGGCUGGUCGAGCGGUAGCUCUGGACAUGGUGGUUGGGAUCGACGAUCGACUGAUGCGGCUGCUCUUGCACAGAGCAUGGCGUACAGUGCGUAUGCCAAGAACCAGGCGUAA